UAUACGUAACUACUAUACUAAUUGUAAUCCAAAUAUACAUACAACGGUCUCACCGUAAAAUACAAUUCCUUCCACCACACCCUCAUCUCCGAUGGCUGCGACCGGCGGCGGCGGCGGCGGCAGGAGAGAAGGAUCACCCAAAAUUGUGGCUGAUCAAAUCUCGCAGUCUGUACAGUCCACCUCCAAUCUUCUUCAUCUCAUGCUCCAGUCCUCCCCCUCUCGCGCUCAACUAAUGAAGCUUCCAAGAAAUCUUCUGUCUAUGACUUCCACCAUAAAAAACACAGAGUCAGUAUUGGAGCAGAUGCCUCAAGUUGUUUCAUCUCUGGACACACAUGUUGAAAGAGGAUUGCAAUGUCUGCCUCAUCUUGAUACUGUAGUUCAGUUACUUUCCCAUAUGCAAAGCAGCCAGCUUAAGCCUUUGUCCAGAGCUGACCUUGUUCAACAGCAGGACCUUAAACUUUCGGAGCACGAUUCACGGGUGACCUAGACCUUUGUAAUUUGCAAGGCAUUUGUCGACACUGAUGCCUCGCAUACACUAUAACUCAAACACCUUUUGUGCAUUCCCCUAAGCCUCACCGCCAUCAGCGAGGAGCGAGCAGGAUCUGGUCCUUAUGACCUAUCUUAGGCGCUGCCAGAAUUGCAAGCUCUGUUAAAAUAAACUGAAAUUUUCUUAUAGGCCGCCCAGUGCUCAUUUUUCGGCAGGAUUCUACAAAUUUAAAUGUUCUUAGUUCAUCUUGAAUCAAGAUUGUUACGAUCGUAUCGACUAUUUAUUCAAUAAUAGUAUAUUGUUUUUCGGUUUUGAA